GAUACUAACAUGGGACAGUUGUCUGGUAAAAGCACUGCAAGGUUGUCUUCAUCAGCUUGAACACACCUUCAGUCAGAACACUGUGGACGAAGAACGCCAGAAGAGGAAGAUGGCAUCCAAGAAAGGCCUGACAAACUUGGAGAAAUCUCUGAUUGUUCUCUUUGUGGCCAUGACCUUGGCCUGCAUUGGUCUGAUUGUGGUCUAUGUCACUGAGAGGAACAACUCUAAAACUGAGAACAAAGAAGAGGAGGUAUUGGAUUCGGGGUGUGGAAGCCCGGGACAGCUGAGCGGAAACUCGGGGGAGUUCAGCAGUGGGAAUUAUCCAAGCAACUACAAUAACGGAAUGAGCUGCAGCUGGCACAUCACUGUGGAAAACAAUAAGGUGAUCCAUUUGUGGUUCCAAGACUUUUCUCUGGAGGAUUCAGGCACGUGCAGUGCAGACUCUCUCACGCUCCGGGACAACCUGGGGAUCAUCGGGAAGUACUGCGGUCAUUCCAAGCCAAAGCCGGUAGUGUCUCUGGGAAACACUUUGGUGGUUUACUUCGACACCAAUGACAGACAGAUGGACAGAGGCUUCAAAGCCAUGUACCAUGCUGUGGACCCUGAGGCGGUUACAGAAAUAGUUGGUGCUGGUGGUGUCCUGCAGGGUGACCGUGGGGAGUUGAUGACCCCUGGCUUUCCUGAACAGAGCUAUGAGAGCGGUGUGCUCUACCAGUGGAGGAUUGUCGUGAGUGCUGGGAACAAGGUCCAUCUCAACUUCACAGCUUUUGACCUGGUACCUGAUUCCUGUGGAGACUUUGUGGAUGUCUUUGAUGGACAUUCAGAUGAUGUUAGUGCCACUAAACUGGGUCACUUCUGUGGAAACCAGAUGCCAGAACCAGUUGUCUCCAGUAGCAAUGAGAUGGUGGUGCGUUUUAAAAGUGACUCUGGCCAGACUGCUAAAGGCUUCAGCGCUGUCUACACUGUGGUGACUGAUCCACCAGUAACAUCAACCACCACCACCACCUCCACCACUCAAACCAAUACAACUACACCAUCCAUCACAUCUGCACCCAUAGAUUCUGGCUGUGGGUCUCUCGAGACUCUUUCUGGUCGUAAAGGUGUGAUCCACUCACUGGGCUUCCCUAAUGUGUAUCCUGCAAACCUGCAGUGCUCGUGGAACAUCAGUGUGGAUGAGGGUCUCCUGAUCAAACUGCACAUUACUGACCUGGCCAUCGUGGGAGAAGCGGGACAGUGUGGCCAGGACCAGCUCACUGUGUCUGACAGCCAGCAGUCACUGGGAACACACUGCGGGUUUAUUCUCCCUCCAGUGCUUGUCAGUGUCAGUAACAGGAUGUCCCUGACUUUCCAGUCUGACGGCCGGCUGGCUGACCGUGGCUUCUCCGCCAGGUGGGAGGCUGUGUAUCCAGAGGACAUUGCCGAAAUCCAAGGCUGUGGAGUCUUCUCUCAUGAGGAGAUGGGAGUCAUCAAGUCAGAAAACUGGCCCAUGAACUACCCUCCCAACAGAGAGUGCCUGUGGAAGGUGCAGGUGCCUGAGGGCAAAACCAUCACGUUGACAUUCACCCAGUUUGACAUGGAGGCGGCUGGCAUCCUGUUAGGACGUUGCUUGGACAACGUGAUCAUUUAUGAUGGAUCACAGCCCAUGGCCAAGAAAUAUGGGCCUUACUGUGGUACCAGUAUCCCCCCAGUGAUCCAUACAACAGGAAAUGAGCUGGUGAUGCGUUUCUAUGCUGACUUCUUCAUGGAAGCGAAGGGAUUCAGAGCAUUUUGGACCACAGACCCCACACUCCCUGCUCCAACUGAACCUCCUGUACCACCAAACCCCUGGGAUGACAUCCCCAUAGAAUGGCCAGAGACUUGCGGAAGGCCUGCGAUCCCCCCCAUGGUCAACGCUCGCAUAGUGAACGGUGAGGCUGCCAAAGCUCACUCCUGGCCCUGGCAAGUGUCCAUGCAGGUUUGGCCUGAGUCCCAGCCGACCCCCACGUUCGCCCACACGUGUGGUGGGACGCUAAUCCAUAGGCACUGGGUUAUGACAGCUGCUCAUUGCUUUAUCAGGUACGCAGAUCAACUGCAGAGAUGGCAGAUGUGUCUAGGCAAACACAACCUGACCCUGUCAGAGCCUGGCCAACAGUGCUUUGGUGUUCAGGGCAUUUACCGCCAUAAGGGCUUCAACUAUCCCACCAGUCCCACUGUGGAGUUUGACAUCGCCCUGGUGCGCCUGGACGGAGAGGUGACCCCAUCUGACCAUGUCCACUUUGCCUGCCUGCCGCCUAUCGAGGAGGUGCUUCCAGAAGGGAAAACAUGUUAUGCUACAGGCUGGGGAGACGAGACAGGGAACUUCUCAGCUCCUAAAGCGUCUGAAACUCUAAACCAGGUGGCUCUUCCUGUUGUACCUUAUGACACCUGCAAGCGCAUGGACUACUGGUGGUUCCAGGUCAAAUCCUCUAUGAUCUGCGCUGGAUACAAUUUACCUGAUGAACUCAAGUCUGUGUGUCAGGGGGACUCAGGUGGGCCCCUCGUGUGUCAGGAUGGCCCCACAGGCCCCUGGGAGGUGCAUGGCAUCACAAGCUUUGGGCCCAUCGGCUGUAUCAUGAACAAGAAGCCCAGUGUUUUCACCCGCACUUCUGCUUACCUGCCCUGGAUAGAGAACAUUAUGCGGAAGGACAGCUAUGACGGCAUCACUUCUGGCUGUGGUGGGCUGAAGGAGCAGACUGGUACUGAAGGUGUUUUGUCGUCUAUGAAUCACCCUCAGGGCUAUGAGAACGGCGCCCGCUGCCAGUGGAACAUCGUCGUACCUGCAGGAAAGCGUGUGCACCUGCACUUCGACACAUUCUCUCUGGAGGAAAGCCAGCUGUGUCUCAGUGACAGCGUGUCCAUCUCCGACAGCCUUGGAUCUCUGGGCACCCACUGCAGCAUUUCCCCUCCAGCAGACCUGGUUGCCGUUGGUGCCACACUGACUGUCCAUUUCUCCUCCAACGACAGGGUGGUGGACACAGGCUUCAAAGCCACAUGGAGAGCCGUGGACCCAGCAGACAUUAGCAAUCUGGUUGGGUGUGGUGGAGAAUUUGUCGGUCAGCAGGGAGAGCUCCAGUCACCCAACUGGCCCAAUAACUACCCUGACCAAGCGGCCUGCACCUGGACCAUCUCUAGCCCCUCAGCCAAGAGCCUCCACAUCGUCUUCACUGACUUUGAGCUGCAGGCGGUCAACAUCCUUGGCAAAUGUGUGGACUUUGUGGAGGUCUUUGAUGCUGCUGGGCAAAGUCAAGGUCAGUUCUGUGGCUUUGGGCCACCCAAGCUGACUGUCACCGGAGAUAGAGCCACCGUUCGCUUCCGCACCAACAAGGAAGUGCAGGGGAAGGGUUUCCGUGGUUACUGGACCACCGAUCCCAACGUCUUUCCAACUUCGCCCCCUCUGGCCCCCAACUCAUGGGAUGAUUUGGUCAUCAUAGGUGGCAGAGCCCAGAGAGAGAAGGAGACCCGUGAAGGUGUGAGAGACGAGCUAAAGCUGAACUGAGCUGAGCUGAAGUGAACUGAACAAGAAAUGAAAAAAGGACUGAAAAGUCCCACCGAGCAUCUUCUCUUAAUUUGUCUGUGGGCUGAAAAGCUGAGUGGUUUUUGCGUCAUCUAUAAAUAAUUUAAAGGCUCUCCGUCUUCACACCUGCCCCCAGCGUCCUUCCUCCACCCAUCAUUACAGUUGUUACAGUGGUGCCAAAACCGGGAGGAUUGGACGAAUGUCGCCAUGGAGCGCUCACCGCUUGGAGAGAGAGAGACGAGCAGCAACAACAGAGACUGAGUGAAGAGCUGAAAAGCUGAAGUGAUAAAGGACUGAAAAGUCUAGCUAGUUGAAAGCCACUGAGAAGUGACCAGCAGAGCUUUGAUUAUUUGGUUUUGUGUGCUUUGUGUUCAUUUGGAAAAUAAAAUACGGCUGCUGCAAACGCUU